AUGUCGCGGAGAUAUGAUUCAAGGACCACCAUCUUUUCACCCGAAGGGCGACUGUAUCAGGUUGAAUACGCACUUGAAGCUAUCUCCCAUGCCGGUACGGCUUUAGGAAUACUGGCCAAAGAUGGAAUUGUCCUUGCUGCCGAGAAGAAGGUGACAAGCAAAUUGCUGGAGCAGGAUACGUCAGCGGAGAAGCUUUACAUCUUGAACGAUAAUAUGAUCUGUGCCGUUGCCGGUAUGACCGCAGAUGCCAACAUCCUCAUUAACUACGCACGUCAAGCUGCGCAGCGUUAUCUCCUCACAUACAACGAAGACAUUCCAUGUGUGCAACUCGUCCGUCGGCUCUGUGAUCUGAAGCAAGGAUAUACCCAACAUGGUGGUCUUCGUCCGUUUGGUGUUUCUUUCAUUUACGCAGGCUAUGAUCCGCUCCAGCAAUUUCAGCUCUAUCAAAGCAACCCAAGCGGGAAUUACGGUGGCUGGAAGGCAACCAGUGUAGGAGCAAACAAUGCAAGCGCACAGAGUUUGCUCAAGCAGGAUUACAAGGAGGACUGCACUCUGAAGGAAGCAUGUGCUAUGGCCGUUAAGGUUCUGAGCAAGACCAUGGAUUCGACCAAGCUGAGCAGUGAAAAAAUCGAGUUUGCAACAGUAGGAAAGACCAAGGAUGGGAAGAUUUACCACCACUUGUGGAAUGCAGAAGAGAUCGAUGCGCUUCUGAGGGAACAAGGGCUGGCUAGGGUAGAUGAUGAGCCGGAGGCUGGGGAGAUCAAAUAA